AUGGCGGCGGGAGCCGAGCGCGGCGCGGCGCUGCCCGCGGAGCCGCCGCCGCUGAGCGCCGAGGAGGUGGCGAGGCGGCUGGCGAGCACCCGCCGCGAGCUGGGCAACCGCCGCAAGAUCCUGCUGCGGAACCUGCCGGCCGAGAGCAGCAGCCAGGAAAUCCAUGACUUGUUUAAAGAUUAUGAAAUCAAGUACUGUUACGUGGACAGGAAUAAAAGAACAGAUGAGGAACAAUAGGAAAGGUUUGCUUCCAGAGCCAAAUCCAGUGCAGAUCAUGAAAAGUUUUAAUAAUCCAGCCAUGCUGCAGAUGCUGCUGCAGCCCCAGCUGCGUGGCCACGCUGUUAAACCUGUUCUUGGAGCAUCUGCAGGCUUACCUCACCUCAUAAAUUCAGCAGUUGGGCCACCUUUUUUGCAGUUGAAUAAAGUUCAUCAGAGCUCACUGCUGGGGAGCACAUCCAGCCUGCUGCUGCAGAGCCCUGCUCAGCUGCCCCUGCCCCAGCAGCAGCUGCUCAAGAUGGAGAACGUGCAGGCAAACAGUAAACCAGGUUUGCUGGGAGAGCCUCCAGCCAUGCUGCUGCAGACAGUGCUGGGCAUAGGGGUGAUGCCAGCACUCAGCUCAGGCCUGGCAGCACGAGGAGAAGCUCUCAAGUGUAAAUGACAUUUCAUUUCAUCCCACACCUCUAGAAAUGCCCAGCCUCACAUUCUGCACUGCCUUUCUCCCUGUGUAAAAAAGCAGCUGGUUAAAUACUCUGCUAGCUCAGUUAUUCCUUUUUGGGUACACUUGGAAUGUGCUUUUAUUUCGAGGUGACAUUUUUGUGGGGUUUUGCAAAGCAGGUAAAUGGGAGUUGCUGAAGAGGCACCACAAAUUUGCUCUUGGCCUUCAUUUUAUUAAGAAAUGAGUUUUAGCAGCCAGUCUGUGACAGGUGUCAGUUUGGAAUGCAAAUUCCUGUGCCACUGAUGCCCUCAAUAUUUAUGAGGAAGGAUCAGCUGGAUCCUGGGGUGCUCCCCUGGAGAGGAGAAGGAUCCAGGGAGAGCUCAGGGCCUGCAGGGGCUCCAGGAGAGCUGAGAGGGGCUGGGGACA